GCGGGGAGCGGUACCCGCGGCGGCGGCUCGGCAGCAUGGGUUGCAGCUGACAGCGCCUGCCCCGCAGACGCCGAGUACUGCUGACGGGGGAGCGCGGCCGCGGGGAAAGGAAAAGUUUUGCUGCGUCCGCCCGGGGAAACUUUCUGCCGCCGAGGCGGGAAGGGGGGGCGGCGGCGGAGCCGAGCCGUCCGGCGCGGUGCGGUCCGGUCCCGGCGCGCUGGGCUGCGCUGAGGCUGCGCGGGUGCCAUGCCCGCCGCCAGCCUGCUACCGCUCUUCGGUAGCGCGGCGGGGCCGGGGCCGCUGGGUGGCCCCGCGGGCGCUGGCGCGGGCGGCGGGGGCAGGAAGGCGGCGGGCCCCGGCGCGUUCCGGCUGACAGAGAAGUUCGUGCUGCUGCUGGUGUUCAGCGCGUUCAUCACCCUCUGCUUCGGGGCCAUCUUUUUCCUGCCCGAUUCCUCCAAGCUCCUCAGCGGCGUCUUCUUCCACUCGGCCGCCCUGCAGCCGCCGCCGCCGCCGCCCGGCGGGCAGCCUCGCGCCCCUCCGCAGCUCGGGGGUGGCCCGGCGGCGGGGGCGGCGGCCGCGGACGGUGCGGGCAGCCUGGAGCGGAUCCGCGCGGACCACGAGCGGGCUCUGCGGGAGGCCAAGGAGACGCUGCAGAAGCUGCCCGAGGAGAUUCGCAGAGACAUCCGCCAGGACAAGGAGAAACUUCUGCAGGACGCCCGCGGCAGGAAGGAGGCAGGCGCCCCGGGGCUCCCCCAGCGCUUCUUCCGCCAGCUCGUCGGCACCGUGGGGCAGGAGCCCGCUGACCCCGCCGUCCGUCAGAAGAGAGCUAAAAUCAAAGAGAUGAUGAAACAUGCCUGGGAUAAUUAUAAGCGUUACGCAUGGGGAUUAAAUGAAUUGAAACCCAUAUCUAAGCAAGGACAUUCAAGCAAUUUAUUUGGUAACAUUCAAGGAGCAACAAUAGUGGAUGCCCUUGAUACAUUAUACAUGAUGGAAAUGAAAGAGGAAUUCAAAGAAGCCAAGGAGUGGGUUGAAAAAAACUUAGAUUUCAAUGUGAAUGCUGAAAUUUCAGUUUUUGAAGUGAACAUUCGUUUUGUUGGUGGACUACUUUCAGCUUACUAUCUUUCAGGAGAAGAGGUUUUCCGAAAGAAGGCGGUAGAGCUUGGAGAAAAAUUGCUGCCUGCUUUCAAUACUCCCACUGGAAUACCUUGGGCAUUGCUUAACAUCAAGAGUGGAAUCGGUCGAAAUUGGCCGUGGGCCUCUGGUGGAAGCAGCAUUUUGGCAGAAUUUGGGACUUUGCAUCUGGAGUUUGUACAUUUGAGCCACCUGUCUGGAAACCCUGUCUUUGCUGAAAAGGUAAUGAAUAUUCGAAAAGUUCUAAAUCGACUGGAUAAACCAGAGGGCCUUUACCCCAACUAUCUGAAUCCCAGCAGUGGCCAGUGGGGCCAGCAUCACGUCUCCAUUGGAGGUCUUGGGGAUAGCUUUUAUGAAUAUUUGCUCAAGGCAUGGCUGAUGUCGGACAAGACAGAUGAAGAAGGCAAGAAAAUGUAUUACGAUGCUGUUCAGGCCAUAGAGACCCACCUCAUUCGAAAAUCAAGCGGGGGACUGACAUACAUCGCUGAGUGGAAGGGUGGACUGCUGGAACACAAGAUGGGACAUCUCACUUGUUUUGCUGGAGGCAUGUUUGCUCUAGGAGCAGACGGAGCACCAAACGACAAGACCGGCCAUCACAUCGAGCUUGGUGCUGAAAUUGCUAGGACUUGCCACGAAUCCUACGAUCGCACAAGCAUGAAACUGGGACCAGAAGCCUUCAGGUUUGAUGGUGGUGUUGAGGCCAUUGCUACAAGACAAAAUGAAAAAUACUACAUCCUACGACCUGAAGUCAUAGAGACCUACAUGUACAUGUGGCGGCUCACUCAUGACGCAAAGUACAGGCAGUGGGGAUGGGAAGCAGUAGAGGCACUGGAAAAACACUGCCGAGUAGAUGGUGGUUAUUCUGGUAUUAGAGACGUUUAUAACAAUCACGAAAGCCACGAUGAUGUGCAGCAAAGUUUCUUCCUCUCAGAGACACUCAAAUACUUAUAUUUGCUGUUUUCAGAAGACGAUCUUCUUCCAUUUGAACACUGGGUCUUCAACACAGAGGCUCAUCCUCUCCCUGUUCUUCACAAAGAUGAUGGGAACAAAGAAGAUGACCAGAAAUAGAUGAAGAUUAAAUUAUACUUUGUUUUAUUCCUUAUAGUUCUUUCCGGGACACAUGGGCACAUGAUUUGGUUUUAAUUCCUGAGAUAGAUUUUUAAAACAAGUGUUUUGCAGUCUGUUUUAUUUAACAGUAAAUAUUUGUGAAUGGUCUCCCAUUGAUUAUCGUAGAAUGUCAUUUAUAUUAUCCAGCCCAUCCACUUCUUUGAAGAUAUAUAGGACAUCUCUCCUGAUUUUCUUAGGCUGCAGUGUCAUCUUGGCCAAAAAGAGCAGAGAGGGUACAUGUUACCUGUUCCCUGUUAUAAUUUGACUGCAAAAUUCUUUUCUCCUCUGUGAGGAGAUGUCUGCUUUAAGCUGUAAUAUUUUGCCAUGUUGCAAAAAGCCAUAUUGAAUUAAGUAUAAAGAGCUUUUUUUUUCUCUUUUUUUUUUCCUUCAAUGUUAAGUUGUUUUGUGUGUCAUCCAAGACAAAUGUUGUGACUGUGACAGCCUCUUCUUAUGCGGGUCUCUCAUUACUUGGUAAAGUAUCUGAUGUAUUUCAUUGUCAAUGAAGUCUACAUAGGAAUAUUUUUCUCUCAUGCAGACACAACUCUGAAACUACAGUGUGAAGUUAGUCUAAACUUAGUUUUUAUAAAUUUAGCACAUUAGUUAGCAGACCUUAGUUUUUCAGGUUUUUAUUAGACUAUUGUAAUAGAAUAAAUUGUUUUCUCCCUUUUCUAAGUGGUGUUAUUCUCAUGCCUUUAGUCAGGCUGAUAUGGAGUAAAGAUAAGAUAGCCACUUCAUAUUAAGAGUCUUACCUUCUUCAUAUAUUUAGUCUGGUAGCUCUCAUUUGGUUGGAUAGGAAAAAGAGGAAAAAAAAAUACUCAAUGACCUGUUCCUGGAAGCUGAGAGUCAUACCAGAGACAAUUUGUUUAGAUUUCUGGGACUUUCUCAAACAUUCAGAUAAGCUCAAACUUGACACCAGACUUCAUAGUUUAUCGUCACAAAGCAAUUUAAUGUCUCUCCACAAAUAAGAUUCUAUGUCCAGAUGCUUUGAAGAAAACUUGGCUCCUUAAAAGAAAAUAAUUAUUCAGAGAGAAAAUUAGGCAGUGUACAACUACAACUUUCUGAAAGCACUGAGUCUGUCUUCUCUAAGCGACAGAAUGCAAUGUGCUUGAAGUUAUUCCCUAGAUUAGAGGCCUGGCUUGCUAAGAAAGGUAACAGCUUUGCCAAAAAUAUUUUGCUUUGUAGCAUUACCAAAGGGAAAAAAAAAAAAACCUAGGCGUGAUCAAUUCCUGUUUCUGCUAGUUGUUUGAAAUGGUUUACAUGAUUAUUAAUUCUACCUGUGUUUUCAUUUAAUGACAGGAUGUCUUUCAUGUAUUUUGAGUAGUGUAUAAUACCAGGCUGCCCAUUCUGAGAAUGCAUGUUGUUCACCGACUUGACUGCAGCAAAACUGCGGUCUGAACAGUAAUCUUUAAAGGUAUUUCGUUAGCAAGCUCACAUGUCCAGCUCAUCACAGCUGAGAAAGCACAUUUGUUUAACCAUUACAGAGUACAUCUUAUUCUAUACCAAUAGAGGUCUGCAGUGUAGGUUUUCUUAGGCAGAAGCCAAGAGCAAAGAUAACAAAUGACAUUUUUAUAUAUAGCAGCCAGAGGGUGACCCAUAAACUUGACCCUCAGGAGUCUGAGAUGGCCUGUGCUGCAUGAGCUGCUAAAGACAUUUAUUUAGGGAGCAAGGUGAGAGGAUCUUUAGCAAUGCUGAUCCUUCCAUUGCAGGCCUGAGCCCGAGGUGAGCAUUCGUACAUGGCAGUUAAUAGGGGUACCCUGCUGAGCCUGGGCCACCCGCAGCUGGGAGAAUGGGUACAACCCUCUCUGCAUCUGCCUCAGGUAAAGCCUGCUUCCACAGACUGGCACGCUGAGUCAAGACUUCUUGCUUUACUGCUUUUUAAAAGCUUGUUCUUUUCUUUUUUGAAGUAUGGAUUCCUUCAUGUCACAGUAACUGAAUGAGCAAGGCUGAGGUCUUGGCUCUCUCCUCUGUUGAAAAGCAGAACCCCUGUUGAUUUUGAUACUCUGGAAUUCGUAUUGUUGGAGGACUCUAAUAUUUCAUUGUAUUUCUUCAGAAACGGUAUUUAUAAAGGAGCCUUUCUUUCCCUACAAGCACAGAGAAGUUAUAUGUGUGGAAUAAAAACAAAACUUCUCUUCCCUCUAACUAAAAAGUAACAAUUACUUCUGUCUUAGUUAUCUCAACUGGGUCGUCUGCUGCUGCCUACCACAUGGUUAUGCAUGUGCUGCUACAGGCCUCAUAUCAGUCAAGUAAAUUACAAUAGCUCAGACAAAAACAGUCUUUGGAGAAAAGUGUUUUGUAAGCCUCUUUCUACAUGGUUUUCUUAACCACAGUAUGCUUUCCCCAGAUGUGUCUAUUGAUCUUGCCAUUACUUCACAAGCCUGAAGAGUGGAGAACCUGAUAGCUCUUCUCUGUGUUUCAAAAAGCAAGCUCCAACCACAACUCUUGUAUGCAUUUGGUCCUACAUACUUAAAUAUAAGCAUCACGACUGUUUCCUUAUAAUACAGACAUUUCAUGUCAAUAUUUUUUUUAGUUUAAGAGUUACAAUGAUUUGAAAGAGCACAAAUUUGAUGUGACUAGUAUUGGUAUUCAGGUUGUAUGUACAAACUGCACUAUACUGUACUUUUUGUAAACUAAUGUAAGUAGACGAGAAGAUUGUACAACGUGUAGAUCUGCCAACUGUAAGAAGAAAAAACUUUUCAUAAACUGAGAAUAUAUUGAUUUUCUUCCUUUUUUUAAAAGAAAAAACCCCAAAACACCAAAGCUAGAGCAAUCAUUUUGAAACAGUCGGUACUUACCGCUGCUUCUUAGAUUGCCGAGAUGUGUUUUAUUUCCCUGUUCACUGAACUAGCUGCAUGGAAGUGGCUAGUGAUGGUCACUGUGUUCCCAGUCAUUCAUGAGCAAAAGAAAUUGCUUGGGGGGGGUGGAGGGGAGACAUUAUCUUUGCAUAAACACCCUGCCCAUACUACUUCCAUUUCUUUGUAGCAUAAUAAUACGUUUAAAUCUCCGUAUGUUAAGUCCUCAAAGGUAGAUAACUUUAAAUGGCACCCACAUCGUUUCAUGGGACGGAAAAAGGAAGUUUUGGUUGGUUGUAAGAUAACUAUUGCAUAUGUAUUUGUUGGGUUGUAAACAGACUUUUGCAAUGCCCAAUGGUUCACUGUUUCUAUGGUGAGUUCAUCAUACAUCUUAUCCAUUUCUACCAUGCAUUUAAAUUGGUUUUGAUUUGUACAGAGUCCAUUUAGUCUUUUCAUCUUUAUACAAACUGAAAUUAUGGGAUACAUAAUAGA